AUGAAAAGACAAGGGAUGGAGGUGCCGCUCGUGAAUUUUGAGAACAUGGAUGAUGUCGGCAUCAACCUGGGAGACCCCAAUGACUCAGGGUAUCCAACGUCACCCACAUCAGAGGCUCCGGAUCAGAACCUCCUGCCUCACCGCUUGAGUUCCCCUCAUCAGUCGCCUCUCAGGGGACGCCGUCGACAUCAGUCCGGCCAAGAGGGGCUGUCCCCGUCCACUCCUCCGACUCUGACCACGAAAGCGAACUCCAGCAGCUGCAGUUUGAUCUCCAACCUGAAGCUCCUGGUCAACAGCGAGUCUCCCACCGACAGCGUCUUCAGUAAAAUGGCGAAGGAUUGCUACGAGAACGAAGACUUGUUCGAGAAGCACUACGUGGAAGAAAAGGACGAGAAGGUUGUGAUCAAUAUUUCAGGACUGAUGUUUGAGACCCAGCUCAGUACGCUGAACAAGUUUCCAGAGACGCUUCUCGGUGACCCCAUGAAGAGGAUCAGUUACUUCGACCCCAUGAAGAACGAGUACUUCUUCGACAGGAACCGCCCCUCUUUCGAUGGUAUCCUGUACUACUAUCAGUCAGGAGGGCGGAUCCGUAGACCGGCCAACGUUCCCUUAGACGUUUUCGCUCAUGAAAUCGUUUUCUACGAGUUGGGUCACGAAGCCAUGGAGCAGUUCAGAGAAGACGAAGGGUUCAUCAAGGAGCCGGAGGUCCUUCUACCAACCAAUGAACUCCAGCGACAGUUCUGGCUCCUCUUCGAGUACCCCGAGAGCUCCAGCGCCGCCAAAUCUGUCGCCUUGGUUUCCGUCUUGGUCAUCGUCAUUUCCAUCUUCAUCUUUUGCUUAGAGACUCUGCCGGAGUUCAGGGAGGACACUGACUUCACCCCAGGUUUGACGCAGACCAUCAACGGGACCCGGGACGCCCCUCACCCCGCGGGUAAAGACGUGAUGGCGUACAUCACGGACCCCUUUUUCAUCGUGGAGACUAUUUGCAUCAUUUGGUUCUGCUUUGAAGUCGGCGUUCGUUUCGUCGUGUGUCCGAGCAAGAGUGACUUCUUCAAUAACAUCAUGAACAUCAUCGACAUCGUCUCCAUCAUUCCCUACUUUGUGACCCUGGGGACGGAGCUGGCGACCACCCCCGACGAUGACAUGAACUCCGGUCAGAACAUGUCCCUCGCAAUCCUGAGAAUCAUCCGUCUGGUGAGAGUUUUCCGAAUCUUUAAGCUCUCUCGGCACUCGAAGGGACUCCAGAUCCUGGGUCAGACCUUGAAAGCCAGCAUGAGGGAGCUGGGACUGCUCAUCUUCUUCCUCUUUAUAGGAGUCAUCCUUUUCUCAAGUGCCAUCUACUUUGCUGAAGUGGAUGAGCCCCAGACGCAGUUCGUCAGCAUCCCUGACGGCUUCUGGUGGGCUGUGGUGACAAUGACCACCGUGGGCUACGGAGACAUGUGCCCCAUCACCAUGGGAGGCAAAAUGGUCGGCACCCUCUGUGCCAUAGCCGGCGUCCUGACCAUCGCCUUGCCCGUCCCCGUCAUUGUCUCCAACUUUAACUAUUUUUACCACAGAGAAACUGAGCAGGAGGAGAAGCAGAUCAUGGACGCAGCGGCGGAGGCUGCGCAGAAAACAUCCGCUGCAAACAAGUAUGGAAGCACACCUUCGCUAAACAAAAGCAACGGGACCUGGCAGAACGAGAAAAACGGCAUGCAUUGA